AUGGGUAUCAACUUUAAAAUUUCAGAUGAAGUGUUGGGAAUUUUUGUCCCAAUCUUCAUAUAUUGGAUUUAUGCAGGCAUAGUUGCAGUUAUGGAAACUGCAUUUCCCAAGUACAAAAUGCAAACAACUGAAGAACAAGAUGAGAAAAAUUUGGUGUCCAGAUCGACAGUCAUCAAAGGCGUCUUAGUGCAGCAAUCCUUGCAGGCCAUCAGUGCGGCUCUGUUGUUCUUGCUAACUGGAGGAGCAAAUCCUCAUGAUGUCCAUGCGGCUGCUCAUGCUGCAGCAGGAGGAGGGACUGGAGCCGCUGCAUCUGCAUGCAGGUAUAUUAUUCAGUUCGCCACUGCCAUGGUGGUAAUGGACACGUGGCAAUACUUCAUGCAUAGAUACAUGCAUCAGAAUAAGUUUUUGUACAAGCAUAUCCACUCGCAUCAUCACAGACUAGUGGCUCCUUACGCGUUUGGAGCUUUUUACAAUCACCCUUUGGAGGGACUUAUGGUGGAUACUAUGAGCGGGGCCAUAAGUUUUCUGGUGUCUGGAAUGUCUACACGAGCCUCCAUCUUCUUCUUCUCCUUUGCAACGAUCAAAGCCGUGGACGAUCAUUCUGGGUUAUGGAUCCCUUGGAACCCAUUACAUGUAUUUUUCAGAAACAAUAGUGGUUACCAUGCUCUUCACCAUCAGCUUCAUGGAACCAAGUAUAACUUCUCUCAGCCCUUCUUUGUGUUUUGGGAUAUAAUACUUGCCACCUACUAUAUGCCACAAGUUGAUCAUAAAAACGAGGACAAGCAAAAAUAACAAGCUCGAUCACCGCCAGGCGAAGAAG